GGAUUUCGCCUUCUCGCAAUUUCAUUGCUCGAAGUCGCAUAAUUCGAAGAAAAAUCGAUUUGGCUAUUCAAGGUAGAGAUGAUACUUUUAAUGGACAGAGAAAGAAUUGCGAAAACAUAGAAGCUAAUUAUAUGAAUUCAAAAGACAUUGAAAUUGAUAACUCCUCAAAUAGCAUAAAAGUGAGUACAAAUACUUGUGGAACACUAACAGAAAAUGAACAUAUAUCUGAAAGAUCAGCCGCCUCUACUUCUAAACAUGCUUUAAACUUCACCAACAUUCGAAAUCCUACUAAGGUUGUUGGUAGAGGAAGACCAAAGAAGCAUAAAUAUGUUAGUAGUGUUGAAAUAGAAUAG